CAGUCAGUCGCCGGGUCGAGCCCCUAGCGAGGCCGGUGGAAGUUAACGAGUGUAUGUGGAGGAGAACAACAGGAGUCUGAGCUAGCUAGCAAACACGCUGCUUUCAUUUACUUGUAUUAAUCUGUUGCCAGUCGUAGCGGAGUCGGCGAGAUUUGAGGCGUAGCCAGCGGGACGCCGUCAGAGCCGGAACAGCCUAUCCCGGAGGAUCAGCCGUCACACACUCGAAAUGCUUCCUCCGCGGAACUUGUAGCUAACGACUGGCUGUGAGAAAAAACAGACCCACGAUGGGUUAUGUGGGCAGCUAGCUUGUUCUGCCUCGACCCACCAUGCGAGCCGAGUUGUCACGGAAAGCGGUUGAUUCGUGACUGAUCGCUGGAGGCACGGCACGGGAAGAGCCCGCCACUGCCCCCCGGACCAGACCGGAGCAGACGCACCGACACCCAGGGUACAGCCGAGCACCUCCCCUCUUCCCUCCGUGCUCCCACUCCUGCUGCCUGGAGCUUUUUUUUUUUUUUUUUAAUUUUCAAAAAACCGGUUUGACGCCCCCGUAUGUCCGAGCCCACGGCCGUGUCAACAUCCUCGGGGCGCUGAGGGGUUGGAGGGAGGGAGGCGACGGCAGCUCCGGGGGUCCCCGACACUCAGCCGAGGAGAGGCAUCGCUGAAAUGAGAUGAGGCUCAGAAAUGGAACUGUGGCCACUGCGAUUAUUUUCUUCACGUCUUUCCUCAGCCUGUCCUGGUACACAGCGUGGCAGAAUGGCAAAGAAAAGCUGACAGCAUAUCAGCGGGAGUUCCAUGCCCUGAAAGAGCGCCUUCGUGUGGCAGAGCACAGGACGCUGCAGCGCUCGUCUGAGCUCAACAACAUUCUUGAGCAGUUCCGACGCGCCAUCGCUGAGACUAACAGCAGCAAAGAUGCUCUCACAAACUUUUCAGAUGAGACGCAGAAACUGCUGAAGGAGCUCUCAAAUAGGAAACAGCUCCAGGUGCCAAAUAUCUACCACCACAUGCCUCACCUUCUCAACAAUGAGGGGAGCCUGCACCCAGCCGUGCAGGUUGGUCUUGGCCGCACGGGAGUUACCAUGGUGAUGGGGAUUCCCACAGUGAAGCGGAAGGUGAAGUCUUAUCUGUCAGAGACGCUGCGUUCGCUAAUAGACAAGCUGUCACCAGAGGAGAAACUUGACUGUGUUAUUAUUGUCUUUGUUGGGGAGACUGACGUGGACUACGUUCACAGCGUAGUUGCUGUCCUGGAGAAAGAGUUUUCUACAGAGCUGAGUUCAGGCUUGCUGGAGGUGAUUUCCCCUCCGGCCACCUAUUACCCUGAGCUUACCAACCUCAAGGAGACAUUUGGAGACUCCAGAGAGAGAGUCAGAUGGAGAACCAAGCAGAAUCUGGACUAUUCCUUCCUCAUGAUGUACGCUGUGAGCAAAGGGGUUUAUUAUGUCCAGCUGGAGGACGAUAUUGUGGCCAAGCCCAACUACUUUGCCACAAUGAAGAACUUUGCCCUGCAGCUGUCGUCAGAGGACUGGAUGAUCCUGGAGUUCUCUCAGCUGGGCUUCAUUGGAAAAAUGUUCCAGGCUCCUGACCUAAACCUCAUUGUUGAGUUCAUCUUCAUGUUCUAUAAGGAGAAACCCAUCGACUGGCUGCUGGACCAUAUUCUCUGGGUCAAAGUCUGCAAUCCUGAAAAAGAUGCGAAACAUUGCGAGCGUCAGAAGUCCGGCCUACGAGUGCGGUUCAGACCCUCCCUAUUUCAACACGUAGGCCUUCAUUCGUCUCUUGCAGGAAAGAUUCAAAAACUCACAGACAAGGAUUUCCUGAAGCCGCUGCUCCACAAGAUGCACGUCAACCCACCAGCUGAGGUUUCCACAUCAAUGAAGGUGUAUCAGGGUCACACACUGGAGAAGACAUACCUAGGAGAGGACUUCUUCUGGGCCAUUACUCCGACUACAGGAGACUACGUCCUCUUCAAGUUUGACAGACCCGUUAGCAUAGAGAGGUUCCUGUUUCGCAGUGGUAACCAGGAGCACCCAGGGGACAGAAUCGAGAACACCACAGUGGAAAUACUGCCCGUCUUGGAGAGUCGACUACAGACCAAAGAGAAGUACAAACGAACAGAGGACCGCUUUUACAGAAUCGGUCAGUUUGAGAGGGGUGUGGCAGAAGGGGCUGUAGAUCCUUCCUUCAAUCCUAUCCUGGCUCUUCGGCUCUCAGUUAUCAAAGACUCUGCUGUCUGGGCCAUCCUCAGUGAAAUACAUAUAAAGAGGAUAACUGGCUGACUCUUCUGGAGGGGGAACAUGAAUCAUGGCUCCUGGGGGACCAAAAUCUCCUAGACUGCGGACGCGGGGCCUCUGGCACCUAGCAACCAGCAGUGAACUCAUUAGAGCACACUAGAGUUGCUCGUCUGAGGAAAUCCACCUCUCUGUCCCAUCCCCCCCCCUCCUAAUGUACCUUGAUAUUUUGCUUGUCAUCUAUCGAUUUCCUCUUUCUUUCUUUCUGUCUGCAUCUCUCCCUCACUCUUGUGCUCUUAAUUAGUGUGAGAUUGUGAAAACUACUGUCUGAAGAACAACAGCAGAGUGCGUGAAGACGUCGGUCCCCAGCUCUGGCUCUGAAAGAUACUGUGUUGCUCGGAAGCUUUGAAUACAAUCAGAGAACGCUUGGACAAACAAGGAGAAAUGAUCACACGCGUGGAGAACCAGUCAGCUGGCCACCGUGAAGAUGCUGCCAAAUCCCUUCACCAUUACUCAAUGCUGCCACCUUUGGGCGAGCUCGGGCAUUGCACUGUCACUAGCGCCCCAGCAAAGCCCAACGUGAUCAAGAAUGUUGUCAUCACUAAUGGCCAGUUGUUCUCGUCGCUCUAGAUCGACACCAGACCAGACAAAAUUAUUUUCCUCGCUCCUUGAUUAUUGUAUGUGUCACCCAAACGCUUCACUGGUCCUGAAACACUAACUCAGGAAGAGCUUUUCAAAACUAUUCCGAAAUCCUGCCUGCAGCCAUUUGGGGACAACUUUGACCUUCGGCUAGAUUCAUUGUAAUAACCCAGGUAAUCGAGAAAAUAAGAUCAUGACACCAUAUCUCUCUCACCUACUGUCUGAUGGGCUGUGUACGACCUCAGUGUCCACUUUUAGUAUACCAAUCAGACAUUGCCUUUGUGUCAUUUUAGGAUGGAAUAUAUUGAUAUAUUAUUACAGCUUUGACGAUCUAUGAAGGGGACUUAAUUUAUUUGAAAUAAAUCUUUAAUUUGUACAAGAGGUAAAUAUAUUUUUAUUCUAUUGAGAGAUGUUUAUCCUAGGUCGGAAUCAGUUUCAUUUGUGUAUUGUUGUUGAUUUCUAAAUUGCUAUUGUAGAUUUUAUUUUCAUGGUUAUAGCUUCUUGUGAAAUUGCUGUGUCGGCAAGUUGCAAGUUGGUCAGUUCAGUUUAAUCAAUUUUUUUAACUUUUCACACUGAAAUGUCACAGGUGGGAUCAUUAAUUUUCUCAGUUUAAACGCAAAAUGUUAGAAGAGUUGUGAAAAGAUUCUUCUGAAGUUGUUGUUGGUCAAAAUUAGAAAAAUGUGCCUUAUAUCCAGCUUCGUUAAAAUUGUCUCAGCAACAUGAUUCCAGUCUGUUCCCUCUGAGUUUUGUGUCCACUUUGCUGGAUAUACUAAUAUUUUAAAAGUGAAAUACAGUCCAAUUAGUGAUUGUCAAUAACAAUAUCUAUGUCAUGCUGAGUUAAAGUGGCAAAUGGAUGUUUUUUUUUUACCAGGUUACCAUCUGAAACAGCAUGAUUUGCACUGUUUUUUCACUUUUAUGUUCCCAUCACACCCCUCAUUAUUGUACUCAAAAGUCCCAUUUUCACACGUGAGAUGCUUAUUGCUCUGAAUCCUCUGAAAUCCGCUUCACAAUUAAUUUAGUCCAAUCCUGCAUCUUGGUUUUUGAUUGGACAUAAUGUCAUGACUACUGAUCAUUGCAGAGUGGAGUGCGUCUUUGUGGUUUGAUUUGGCUGAGGUGUCGUUCUUUUUACUGAUUGUAAAUCUAUAAGAACGGCAACUCUUUCUCUCUCACUCAUGCUCUCUUGCUUCACUUAAUAGUUUAUUUAAAUUCACUAAAGUUUUGUGAUUGUGUGUGGCCAACGUUCUGAGUAUAAGCUAUUUUUUUGUAGGUAAAACUUAGCUCAUUUUACUCUUGGGUGGUUUACUCAAGGGGUUGUGAAGUGCCUUUGAUGGAAAUUGAUAUGACAGUUGUGACUAAAAGUGCUUGUUCACAUGCAUGGUCAUUAUUUGUAAUUUAUAAACUGUGUUUUUUUUCUUUUUGUUUUUUGUGGGGGGAUCAGAGCGGGCUCCCACAGCUUCUGAUCAAAAUACCUAACCUAAAGCUGGACUCACCUGAUUAGAUUCUGUUACUUGGGAGUGGAUGGGGAUUACUCCAUGUAAAUGUGCUGUUUUGAAAGGGUUAAGACUUUCAGUACUGCUAACAGGUUCGGCUUCUGGCCCUUUACACUGCAUCCACAUACAGUCUGACACUGAAAGCAUGAAGACAGCAUGAACGGUUAUGUGACCCUCUACUGUAUUUGUGAAAGUGGACAGGAGGCCGCAAAAAAAACAACUCUUCCCAUACGCAACAACCCCGAGCCCAUCAGUUCAUGUGCCUUCAUCAUGAACAGUACAUGUGAAUGCCUACAUCUGAUGAUUUCACAUCAUUUUUCAUGGACAUCUUUGAAAUAAACGAUAAAAGUUCUUAGAA